CUCCGAAACAAAUAGAGCCCAGCCCAACAUCCAUCUCUAUUGAUUCUUUCCCAUCUUAAAACCCUAAUCCCAUAAACUUAUAACCCUUGCAGUCGAAAUUCUCUCUCUUCGAAUACUCCGAACAUCAGCAACGUCUAGGGUUUCCGCCGCAAAAAAUGGGUAAAGGUACAGGUAGUUUCGGUAAGAGGAGGAACAAGACCCACACUUUGUGUGUGAGGUGUGGUCGUCGCAGUUUCCAUCUCCAAAAGAGCCGAUGCUCUGCUUGUGCUUAUCCUGCUGCUCGCGUCAGGAAGUACAACUGGAGUGUGAAGGCUAUCAGGAGGAAGACAACAGGAACUGGUAGGAUGAGGUACCUCCGUAAUGUCCCAAGGAGGUUCAAGACUGGUUUCAGAGAAGGUACUCAAGCUGCUCCAAGGAAGCAUGCCGCAGCUGCUUCUUAAUUCUAGUACCUGAAUUUCGUUGGGCGGACAAUUGCCUCUGGUGGUGUUUUUAGUUUCCUUUAAAAGCGUGGAAUAGCCAAUUUUGGAUCAUUGUUUAAGAACAGCAGAAUUUGUACUUGUAAUGAGAUGUUUUGAAAUUCUGAGAAGUUUUGAGUUGUUUAGCUAAUUGACGUCAUACUGCAAUCUAAAGUCUCAAUAUCAUUUUAGUUAUGGUUCUUGAU